AUGACUUGUCACGAGGCUCGUUCAGACUCUCUGGAGACGAGGGAAGGAAGCGAUAUACACUCCCUGGAAGUAUCAGGUCCUGUGUGCACGUCUGAGGGUUUUGUGUGCACGUCUGAGGGUUUUGUGUGCACGUCUGAAGGUCCUGUGUGCACGUCUGAGGGUUUUGUGUGCACGUCUGAAGGUCCUGUGUGCACGUCUGAGGGUCCUGUGUGCACGUCUGAAGGUCCUGUGUGCACGUCUGAAGGUCCUGUGUGCACGUCUGAAGGUCCUGUGUGCACGUCUGAGGGUCCUGUGUGCACGUCUGAGGGUCCUGUGUGCACGUCUGAAGGUCCUGUGUGCACGUCUGAAGGUCCUGUGUGCACGUCUGAGGGUUUUGUGUGCACGUCUGAAGGUCCUGUGUGCACGUCUGAGGGUCCUGUGUGCACGUCUGAGGGUUCUGUGUGCACGUCUGAGGGUCCUGUGUGCACGUCUGAGGGUCCUGUGUGCACGUCUGAAGGUCCUGUGUGCACGUCUGAGGGUUCUAUGUGCACGUCUGAGGGUUCUGUGUGCACGUCUGAAGGUCCUGUGUGCACGUCUGAGGGUCCUGUGUGCACGUCUGAGGGUCCUGUGUGCACGUCUGAAGGUCCUGUGUGCACGUCUGAGGGUCCUGUGUGCACGUCUGAAGGUCCUGUGUGCACGUCUGAGGGUCCUGUGUGCACGUCUGAGGGUUCUGUGUGCACGUCUGAGGGUCCUGUGUGCACGUCUGAAGGUCCUGUGUGCACGUCUGAAGGUCCUGUGUGCACGUCUGAGGGUUCUGUGUGCACGUCUGAGGGUCCUGUGUGCACGUCUGAAGGUCCUGUGUGCACGUCUGAGGGUCCUGUGUGCACGUCUGAAGGUCCUGUGUGCACGUCUGAGGGUCCUGUGUGCACGUCUGAGGGUUCUGUGUGCACGUCUGAGGGUCCUGUGUGCACGUCUGAGGGUUCUGUGUGCACGUCUGAGGGUUCUGUGUGCACGUCUGAGGGUUGUGUGCACAUCUGA